UUUGGGAAAGACGCAAUAAAAAUGGUAAUUAGCGAAUUAAAUUUAUUAGCUUCUAUAACUUUUUUUAAUUUCAAGUCAUUUGAAUUUCAUUCGUCAUCUAUCAACGCCGCAAUUCGGUAUUAUGAUUUGAAGAGGGACGCCGAGCCACUCCGCAUGUGCAGAACGGAUGAUAACUCUUUCAAACGAAAUCCGAAUGGACCGGGAAUGGAUCAUAAAUGGAUCAUGAAUGGAUGCCGUAAAUUUAAGCAUGAUAAUUUUCAGCAAAUUUUAGAUACAGCUAUUUCUUACAUAUCUGAAAGUCCAGCAGAAAUAAGAUGUACUGUCAAAGCAGCAAAUUUAAAACCAAUUUUAACAAAGAAGAUUGUCGCUGACGCGGCAUGUUUGUUUAUAGAAGCUGCUCGGCAUGAUUUGGACGAGGAAAACUUAAAAACUUUUCUAUGUCAAAUAUCUAGCGACGAACAGAGGAUUAAAAAAUUAUGCGAAAGAUACGUUAAUAACAAAACAAUGAUACAGUGUCAAUUAGAAUCAAUAGGCAAUAACCCACCACAUAUUGUUGAUGUAGACUGGCAUUUAGAUUAUUGCGUUAAGUUGGACACAUGCAAUUCCCUGGGUGUUCCUCUGUAUCAUGUACGAUUUAGUACUAAAGAAGGGGAAACAAUGAAUCAUGUAACAUUUUCGUGUACGAUACAACAGUUACAAGAACUAGUGUUCAAACUUAAGGAUGCCAUCAGAUACUCAGAAAAACUGACUAAUGUUUAGUUAUACAUUCAAGUUAUGGAUCUAAUUUCAUAUGGGUACAAGACAUGUACAAUAUUUGAAAAUUUUCUUACUUUUCUUUUUUCUGUUAUGCAAUCUAUAGAAAUAAUUGUUAACAACUUAUGAUAUUAUACAUGUAUUCUUGUAUAAAUGAAUCAUUAUAAUACUUAUUUAAUAAUAAAUUCAAUUUGUACGUAUAAGUGUAAUGGUAAAAUUGUAUACGAAUAACAGACUCUGUAAAGUAUAAUCAACUAUAUUUUUAUAGUUAAAAGAACAUUCUCUACUUCACGUAGUGUUAUUACUGUAUUAAUAAUAACGCGCGCGCGUGUGAGAGCGUAUGCGCACGCAUACAUAGACAAUUCGCAAAAUACAUACAUAAAUUUUCAAACAAACGACGAUCAACGUUUCUAUAAAUAAAAAAACAAAUCUCGAAAACUUCGUUUGAACUGUAUCAAUUCAAACGGGAUAUACUGAAAUUUUCUUUAUACAAAAAAAUUAUACACACGCAUUGGUUUUUUUAUCUUUUUCACUCGCUCACUCACUCAGGUACACCUUGUAUACAAAAGAGUCGCGCGCGCAUACAACUAAUAACUUAUUAAAAAUACGUCGUUUUUUGCUCUACAAUCAGGCAUCUUUCUAAAAAUUGCUUUCCCGUAUUAGACAAAAAAUACUAUCGUUACAUGUUCUUAAAUCCUAAAAAUAUGCAUGUUAAAUUACAUUAAUAAUCGAUAAUUUUUUAUAUCUAAUACGUGAUAUAGAUCUUUUUUUCGAAUCAUUAUACACUAUUUACAAGUAAACAUAUCUAAAAAAAAAAAAAAAAAAAAA